GCUGUUGUCUGCCGCACCCCCAAUUUGAAUCUCUCCUCCCAUUUCACAACUUCACCGUCUCUUCAACUCUUCAAAAUCUCACACAUUUGACAUUUCACUUUCCUUCACUGUUUUCCCGCCUCAGUGCAUCAUUGUCCCUUCUCUUUCGUUUCCCUUCUCCCAUCUCUGCUCCGUCAAUUUGUUCACUCCCUGUUGCUCCCUGUCACCGUCAUUCAGAGAGAAAUGGAGGUCACUUCCAAAGCAAAAAUAUCAGAGCUCCAAAUCCCCAAGAAAUGGAAGGACAGAAACACCAGCCCUGAAAGAACAAAAGUCUGGACUGAACGUAAGCCCAAGUCGGAAAGGAAGGUCUCGGUCGUUUAUUACCUUUCCAGAAAUGGCCAGCUCGAGCACCCCCAUUUCAUGGAGGUCCCCCUCUCCUCUCCUCAAGGACUCCAUCUCAGAGAUGUAAUUAAUCGCUUGAACCUCCUUCGCGGGAAAGGCAUGCCCAGCCUCUACUCCUGGUCUGCGAAACGGAGUUACAAAAACGGUUUCGUUUGGCACGACUUAUCAGAGAACGAUUUCAUCUACCCGACUCAGGGGCAAGAGUAUAUUCUCAAAGGAUCGGAGAUUCUCGAGCAUGCGUCUAUUCAAAGGCCUUUUGAGACAGCGUCGUCUCGGUCUCUCCGGCCGCCUGACGAUAUUCGCAAGUCAGAGGAUGAAUCUGAUUUUCCGGUGAUCACGAGGAGGCGAAACCAGUCUUGGAGCUCCAUAGACCUCAACGAGUACAGGGUGUACAAGUCCGAGUCUUCCGGCGACUCUUCCGGGAAACUCGCCGCUGACGCCUCGACUCAGACGGACGAUGAGCGACGGCGAAGGAGGGUGGUCAGGGAAGAGAAGGAAAUCGAGGUGGAGGGAGAGAGAAUCCCGGAGGCGCGUGUGAUUGGUCACAGUCAAAGUACGGAGCUGAGCCGGGAGGAAAUUUCACCUCCACCGUCCGAUUCAAGCCCUGAAACACUAGAGACGUUGAUGAAUGCAGAUGGACGGCUGGCAUUGUCCUCUUCGAGAAUCGAUAAAGAUGGUGCAAAUCUGUCGGCGGCUUAUAACUACCCAAGCGGAAGGAUGAAAGCCUCGUCUGUUCUGAUACAAUUGUUAUCGUGCGGUUCAAUCUCUUUUAAGGACUGCGAGCCCAAUCCCAACAAAGAUCACGGGUUAUGCAUGGUGGGGAAUCACAAGCCUAGGCUGGUCCGCGGAGCAGGGAAUCAAACAACCAAGGAGACGGGAACUUCCAUUGAAAUACCAGAUUUGAGCGGGCUUAGAUUAGAAGAUAAGGAAUAUUUUAGUGGAAGUUUGAUCGAGACCAAGAAACCGGAUUUUCUUGCGUUGAAGAGGUCUUCCUCUUACAAUGCAGAUAGUGGAUCCCAGUUACAGAUAACGGAGGGUGGAGAUGCAGCGAGAGCCAAGUGCAUGCCAAGGAAAUCCAAGAAAGAGAAUAGUGGCAGCAAAAGAAUUGAGGCGCAACAGUCAAUGUAAAAUGUGAAAUGCAGCGAUGGACUGAAACAGAAUUGCUUGAGUUCGAGUCAAUUAGAGCCGUGACAGGGAGCCUGGAGCUGCGCAUAAACGCAGGGCUGGUGGGCUAGUUGUAACUUGUAGCUGGUAGUAUAAUAUUUUUUAUAUGAUGCACAAUGCCAAGUUCGGAGCUUAAGCUUAUUUCUUGACCAUAUCCAUAUCAUUUUGGCUGCUUGUGCCGGCCGUUAGCUUGGAUUCCUUCCUUUUUCUGUGUCGGUGAUUGCUGAAAAAAAAAAAGAAAAAAAGAAAGACGCCUUUGACUGUUAAAUGCUCUGACUUUUAUAAAUCUGAAAUGAGAUUUCAUUUUAGGUAUUAUUAUCUGCAUGUGACUUGACUUUGGU